AUGAUGGAGUCAGCAGGGAGUCAGGGGAUGAGGCUGGGGAUGAGGGUGAUGAUUGAGCAAGGGGAUGAGGGUAACAGGAGUGAAAGGCGGGAAGAAAUGGCAGUGCAGCAGCGGCUGGAGGUGGAGGCGAAGGCUUACCAGAGCCUACAGCAAGAGCAUGCUAAGAUGGGCCAAACGUACAGCAAACUUUUAGCACAGCAGAACGAAAACAACAUGGUUCUGGACGAGCUCAAGCUGAUUGAUGGUGGCGCUGUCUACAAACUUGUUGGGCCUGUCCUCCUGUCUCAGGACCCGGAAGAAGCUAAAUCGAAUGUCGAGAAGAGAUUGCAGUAUAUAGGAGACGAGAUGAAAAGAACACAAAACCAUGUCAUAGACCUCGAGAAGAAGAUGGAGGAGAAGAGGAACAAACUGCAACAGCUGCAGGCUCAGCUCAAGCAGGGGCAGUCAAAGUGAAGAGGAUAGUGACUCAGCGGGUAGGAGAAGCAGGAGAAGGGGCAGUUCAGAGACAGGAGCUAGGAGGAUGCGAGCGUUGGGGGAGUUGGAACUGGUCACUCGUACAUGGUUAACCUUGAAAUAACAUGCGAACUCAUCAG